UUCGUCACAAACCACAAACUCACCAAUGAGAUUAGUCUCAAAGAGCUUAGCCAAUAUGUGCCAGAAAUACUUGAGCUCUUAACAGAUAAUAAAGAAAAAAGGCGCCAGGCUCGUAAUCGUCUUAUAAAAGGGUAUGGCUUUAGCAAAGAGCAGGCAUUUGCAUUAAUUUCUCUUCAGAGAAUUGGGCGAUGCAAAAGUCAAGCACCGGUCUCAGAGAGACCAGGGUUGAAAGCUGAAGAAGUAAAUAUAUGUCAAGUAUUAGAUAGUACUGGUUCUGAGGAGACUAUUAAAAAAAUAGCUCAGCGUAUUAUACAAGAUAAACUUAGCGAAAGAGAAGUAAAAGCAAUAUCUAGAAUCUUAGAGGAAAUAUUACCUGAUGCUGUCGUUGCCUUAUCUCGUCUCUCUAGGUUUCGAAGAGAAUUGUGGACUCUCAAUGCUUCAGAAAAAAUAAUUUCUGCUACAUUAAAUCUGGAG